AUGAUACUUAGUGAUGAAUCUGAUAACGAGAAUGGAGUUAAUUAUAAUAAUAUUUUAUAUGAAGACAAUGUAGGAGAAAGUAUAGAUUACUAUAAUGAUAAUCUUCCACACAUAAAUUUUUAUUUAAAAUUUCAAAAAAAACAAUUUUUACAAAAUUUUUUUAAUGAGAUAAAAAAAGAAAAACAUAAGAAUGAAUUAGAAGAAAGCAAAGAGAAAAUAUAUAAAGACAAAGAUACAGACGAUAAAAAUAUUAAAGAAAAAGAAGAUAAUUUAAAAAUAAAAGAAUUAGAAAUACUAAAUGAAGGUGGUUUCUAUUUAGAUGAGUUUCAAGAAGAAUGUUCAAAAAAUUGCACUGAAAAUUUAUUUGAAAAUCUUCUUAAUUCACAUGAAGAAAAUAUUUUUCAUUUAGAUGAAAAUGAAGAAUAUACAAAAAAAUUAAAUUUAAUUUUUCAAAAACAUAAAAGCAAAUUUACUUUUAGUAUAGAACGCAUCAUAGAAAAUGAUGAAAUAUCACAACAAAAGUGUUUUUUAUGUAAUAAAAAAAAAAAAUUUAAUAAAAUAUUAGUUAAUAUUAAAAUAUAUGUAUGUAAUGAAUGUAAAAGUUUAGACAACAAUUUUAGAAUGAUUUCCUUAAGUAAAUUAAUAAGUAAAUAUUGUUUAAAUAAUUAUGAUUUGUUAAAAUAUGAAAAACAACUUGCUUUAUUUUCAACAAAGAAUCCACGUGGCUAUAUUAAGCAAAUGAAGUUAUAUUUCUUGUUUCAAAUUAAAGAAAUAGCAAUAAGAAAAUAUGGAUCAUUAAAAGAAGUAAAAAAUUUAUAUCAUUCCAAAAUUUUAAAUAUAAAAAAUAAAAAAAUUGUUAAAAGGAAUAUUCAUAAAUUAAAAAAGCCCCAAAGCAUUUAUAGUAAGGAAACAAAAAAUAAUGAUAAAUAUAAAAUUAUUUGUGAUAAUAAUGAACAUGAUUUUGAUGAACCUCAAUGUAUUAAUCAGAAGGAUAGUAUAUACAAAAAAAAUUGUAAAAAAUGCAGUUAUUAUGUCGAAUAUUUGCAAUUUUAA